UUUGUGACCUCUCCCGCCAGAGGAGGCUGCUGUCACUUUAAAAAUUUAAAAGAGGAGCCCGUCUGGCUUCCGAUCAGAUCACUCUGGGCGGCAGGAGAUAGCUCCCUUUCUCCCUCGCCCCGGGUUCUUUCUGGAUGGCCGAGCAGAUCCUCUUUAAAGAGACAGUUCAUGAAAUAGAAACCCGGCGUCUGAGCUUGGAGUUGCGAAAGGGGACGAUCCCGUGAGGGUCCAGGACCCGCGAAGGCGCUGCGGAGGAUCUGAAAGGGGGAUAGAGCUCCCCUCGCCUCCCCAGGCCCCCCACCUUUUCAAACUCUCCUCCUCCUGCUUGUUUUCCCCCCUUGGAACUGGGAAGGAGAAGUAGAAGUUUUAGUGGGUUUCAGAUAACUUUCAUUACACAUCGGGCUGAUAAGAGCAAGAGAAAGUGAGAAAAGAGGGAGGUGAUGUGAACCAGAAGGAAUAGCUCCGAGCUCAUUUAGGAAGGGGGAAAAAGCCAAAACACACCAAACCCGGGUCACCCAGACGGCAGAAGACUUCAUUUCUUGUAUUAAAAAUACACUGUUGGCGGACAAUAAAUCCGAAACGCGUGGUGCUGGAGAGCAGAUCCUAGAGACGGACAAAGUUGUCAGAGACCCAUUUGGAAAUCGAGACGCGAGGCUUUCAAAAAAUUAUUAUUAUUAUUUUUAAACAUCUCGAAAUGUUGCUCGGGAUCGUUUGAAAGGAUUUUCGUGCAGGAGCGUUGGGGGCUGCUGAUUAUUUUAUUUUGUUUAUUUUGAUUCUUCUGUGAUUGCCUAUUAUUGCUGAGUUGAGGCCAUAGAAAUCUAAAGGUAAGAGAACUCCUCACUUUAAAAGGAAAAAAUGUCUGGGCGAUGUGAAAGUUUGUCACUUCGGACAGUUUCCUGCCCGGGCACCGUUUCUACGGGCGCCCCCCGCCCCCAGCCUUCUUUCCUCCUCGCCCGCAGUCUCGCGGAGCCCUGCUGCUUAUCUACGUUGCUAAGCCGGGCGAUUUCCUUGUUCCUCCUGCGAAACGGUGCGGUCUGGACACGUCUCCGGGGUGGGUCGUCCGGCCUUCGAUCUUAGAUGAGUUUUACAAUGUGAAGUUCUGCAUAGAUGCCAGUCAACCAGAUGUAGGAAGCUGGCUCAAGUACAUUAGAUUCGCUGGCUGUUAUGAUCAACACAACCUUGUUGCGUGCCAGAUAAAUGAUCAGAUAUUCUACAGAGUAGUUGCAGACAUUGCACCUGGAGAGGAGCUUCUGCUGUUCAUGAAGAGCGAAGACUAUCCCCAUGAAACUAUGGCACCCGAUAUCCACGAAGAACGGCAAUAUCGCUGUGAAGACUGUGACCAGCUCUUUGAAUCUAAGGCUGAACUUGCAGAUCACCAAAAGUUUCCGUGCAGUACUCCUCACUCAGCAUUUUCAAUGGUUGAAGAGGACUUUCAGCAAAAACUCGAAAGUGAGAAUGAUCUCCAAGAGAUACACACGAUCCAGGAGUGUAAGGAAUGUGACCAAGUUUUUCCUGAUUUGCAAAGCCUGGAGAAACACAUGCUGUCACAUACUGAAGAGAGGGAAUACAAGUGUGAUCAGUGUCCCAAGGCAUUUAACUGGAAGUCCAAUUUAAUUCGCCACCAGAUGUCACAUGACAGUGGAAAGCACUAUGAAUGUGAAAACUGUGCCAAGCAGGUUUUCACGGACCCUAGCAACCUUCAGCGGCACAUUCGCUCUCAGCAUGUCGGUGCCCGGGCCCAUGCAUGCCCGGAGUGUGGCAAAACGUUUGCCACUUCGUCGGGCCUCAAACAACACAAGCACAUCCACAGCAGUGUGAAGCCCUUUAUCUGUGAGGUCUGCCAUAAAUCCUAUACUCAGUUUUCAAACCUUUGCCGUCAUAAGCGCAUGCAUGCUGAUUGCAGAACCCAAAUCAAGUGCAAAGACUGUGGACAAAUGUUCAGCACUACGUCUUCCUUAAAUAAACACAGGAGGUUUUGUGAGGGCAAGAACCAUUUUGCGGCAGGUGGAUUUUUUGGCCAAGGCAUUUCACUUCCUGGAACCCCAGCUAUGGAUAAAACGUCCAUGGUUAAUAUGAGUCAUGCCAACCCGGGCCUUGCUGACUAUUUUGGCGCCAAUAGGCAUCCUGCUGGUCUUACCUUUCCAACAGCUCCUGGAUUUUCUUUUAGCUUCCCUGGUCUGUUUCCUUCCGGCUUGUACCACAGGCCUCCUUUGAUACCUGCUAGUUCUCCUGUUAAAGGACUAUCAAGUACUGAACAGACAAACAAAAGUCAAAGUCCCCUCAUGACACAUCCUCAGAUACUGCCAGCUACACAGGAUAUUUUGAAGGCACUAUCUAAACACCCAUCUGUAGGGGACAAUAAGCCAGUGGAGCUCCAGCCCGAGAGGUCCUCUGAAGAGAGGCCCCUUGAGAAAAUCAGUGACCAGUCAGAGAGUAGUGACCUUGAUGAUGUCAGUACACCAAGUGGCAGUGACCUGGAAACAACCUCGGGCUCUGAUCUGGAAAGUGACAUUGAAAGUGAUAAAGAGAAAUUUAAAGAAAAUGGUAAAAUGUUCAAAGACAAAGUAAGCCCUCUUCAGAAUCUGGCUUCAAUAAAUAAUAAGAAAGAAUACAGCAAUCAUUCCAUUUUCUCACCAUCUUUAGAGGAGCAGACUGCGGUGUCAGGAGCUGUGAAUGAUUCUAUAAAGGCUAUUGCUUCUAUUGCUGAAAAAUACUUUGGUUCAACAGGACUGGUGGGGCUGCAAGACAAAAAAGUUGGAGCUUUACCUUACCCUUCCAUGUUUCCCCUCCCAUUUUUUCCAGCAUUCUCUCAAUCAAUGUACCCAUUUCCUGAUAGAGACUUGAGAUCGUUACCUUUGAAAAUGGAACCCCAAUCACCAGGUGAAGUAAAGAAACUGCAGAAGGGCAGCUCUGAGUCCCCCUUUGAUCUCACCACUAAACGAAAAGAUGAGAAGCCCUUGACUCCAGUCCCCUCCAAGCCUCCAGUGACGCCUGCCACAAGCCAAGACCAGCCCCUGGAUCUAAGUAUGGGCAGUAGGAGUAGAGCCAGUGGGACAAAGCUGACUGAGCCUCGAAAAAACCACGUGUUUGGGGAAAAAAAAGGAAGCAGUGUCGAAUCAAGACCUGCUUCAGAUGGUUCCUUGCAGCAUGCAAGACCCACUCCUUUCUUUAUGGACCCUAUUUACAGAGUAGAGAAAAGAAAACUAACUGACCCACUUGAAGCUUUAAAAGAGAAAUACUUGAGGCCUUCUCCAGGAUUCUUGUUUCACCCACAAUUCCAACUGCCUGAUCAGAGAACUUGGAUGUCAGCUAUUGAAAACAUGGCAGAAAAGCUAGAGAGCUUCAGUGCCCUGAAACCUGAGGCAAGUGAGCUCCUACAGUCAGUACCCUCUAUGUUCAACUUCAGGGCGCCUCCCAGUGCCCUGCCAGAGAACCUUCUGCGGAAGGGAAAGGAGCGCUAUACCUGCAGAUACUGUGGCAAGAUUUUUCCAAGGUCUGCAAACCUAACACGGCACUUGAGAACCCAUACAGGAGAGCAACCUUACAGAUGCAAAUACUGUGACAGAUCAUUUAGCAUAUCUUCUAACUUGCAAAGGCAUGUUCGCAACAUCCACAAUAAAGAGAAGCCAUUUAAGUGUCACUUAUGUGAUAGGUGUUUUGGUCAACAAACCAAUUUAGACAGACACCUAAAGAAACAUGAGAAUGGGAACAUGUCCGGUACAGCAACAUCGUCGCCUCAUUCUGAACUGGAAAGUACAGGUGCGAUUCUGGAUGACAAAGAAGAUGCUUACUUCACAGAAAUUCGAAAUUUCAUUGGGAACAGCAACCACGGCAGUCAGUCUCCCAGGAAUGUGGAGGAGAGAAUGAAUGGCAGUCAUUUUAAAGAUGAAAAGGCUUUGGUGACCAGUCAAAAUUCAGACUUACUGGAUGAUGAAGAAGUUGAAGAUGAGGUGUUGUUAGAUGAGGAGGAUGAAGACAAUGAUAUUACUGGAAAAACAGGAAAGGAACCAGUGACAAGUAAUUUACAUGAAGGAAACCCUGAGGAUGACUAUGAAGAAACCAGUGCUCUGGAGAUGAGUUGCAAGACAUCCCCAGUGAGGUAUAAAGAGGAAGAAUAUAAAAGUGGACUUUCUGCUCUAGAUCAUAUAAGGCACUUCACAGAUAGCCUCAAAAUGAGGAAAAUGGAAGAUAAUCAAUAUUCUGAAGCUGAGCUGUCUUCUUUUAGUACUUCCCAUGUGCCAGAGGAACUGAAGCAGCCGUUACACAGAAAGUCUAAAUCGCAGGCAUAUGCUAUGAUGCUGUCAUUGUCUGACAAGGAGUCCCUCCAUUCUACAUCCCACAGUUCUUCCAACGUGUGGCACAGUAUGGCCAGGGCUGCAGCGGAAUCCAGUGCUAUCCAGUCCAUAAGCCACGUAUGACGUUAUGAAGGUUGACCAGGGUGGGACCAAGUCCAACAGUAGCAUGGCUCUUUCAUAUAGGACUAUUUACAAGACUGCUGAGCAGAAUGCCUUAUAAACCUGCAGGGUCACUCAUCUAAAGUCUAGUGACCUUAAACUGAAUGAUUUAAAAAAGAAAAGAAAGAAAAAGAAAGAAAAAAGAAACUAUUUAUUCUCGAUAUUUUGUUUUGCACAGCAAAGGCAGCUGCUGACUUCUGGAAGAUCAAUCAGUGCGACUUAAAGUGAUUCAGUGAAAACAAAAAACUUGCUGGGCUGAAGGCAUCUUCCAGUUUACCCCACCUUAGGGUAUGGGUGGGUGAGAAGGGCAGUUGAGAUGGCAGCAUUGAUACGAAUGAAUACUCCAUAGAAACUGAAUUCUCCUUUGUACAAGAUCACCUGACAUGAUUGGGAACAGUUGCUUUCAAUUACAGAUUUAAUUUUUUUUCUUCGUUAAAGUUUUAUGUAAUUUAACCCUUUGAAGACAGAAGUAGUUGGAUGAAAUGCACAGUCAAUUAUUAUAGAAACUGAUAACAGGGAGUACUUGUUCCCCCUUUUGCCUUCUUAAGUACAUUGGUUAAAACUAGGGAAAAAGGGUAUGUGUAUAUUGUAAACUAUGGAUGUUCACACCCAAAGAGGUUAAGUCAGUGAAGUAACCUAUUCAUCACCAGUAUCGCUGUACCACUAAUAAAUUGUUUGCCAAAUCCUUGUAAUAACAUCUUAAUUUUAGACAAUCAUGUCACUGUUUUUUUAAUGUUUAUUUUUGUGUGUGUGUUGCGUGUAUCAUGUAUUUAUUUGUUGGCAAACUAUUGUUUGUUGAUUAAAAUAGCACUGUUCCAGUCAGCCACUACUUUAUGACGUCUGAGGCACACCCCUUUCUGAAUUUCAAGGACCAAGGUGACCCGACCUGUGUAUGAGAGUGCCAAAUGGUGUUUGGCUCUUCUUAACAUUCCUUUUUUGUUUGUUUGUUUUGUUUUCCUUCUUAAUGAACUAAAUACAAAUAGAUGCAACUUAGUUUUUGUAAUACUGAAAUUGAUUCAAUUGUAUAAACGAUUAUAAUUUCUUUCAUGGAAGCAUGAUUCUUCUGAUUAAAAACUGUACUCCAUAUUUUAUGCUGGUUGUCUGCAAGCUUGUGCGAUGUUAUGUUCAUGUUAAUCCUAUUUGUAAAAUGAAGUGUUCCCAACCUUAUGUUAAAAGAGAGAAGUAAAUAACAGACUGUAUUCAGUUAUUUUGCCCUUUAUUGAGGAACCAGAUUUGUUUUCUUUUUGUUUGUAAUCUCAUUUUUAAAUAAUCGGCAAGUUGAGGUACUUUCUUCAAAUGCUUUGUACAAUAUAAACUGUUAUGCCUUUCAGUGCAUUACUAUGGGAGGAGCAACUAAAAAAUAAAGACUUACAAAAAGGA